AUGCUGGCUUGCAGCGGUAUAGUCGUAGGCGGAGCUGUGUGGUCAAAAGUCUGCUCCAUUUUGGAGCAAGUUGCUACGAAAGAGUCAACACUUCCUCAGACGCAGGUCCAGACACUUUGCGCUAAACCCAAGGACUGUUUGACGAUCAUCGACGGAAAAAAGAUGCCUGAUGGAACGAUCAACAUGAUGAACAAGUUCGAAGCCCGAGCUACACCAAACAAGCGAUUGGUGACCGCCUUUGACAUUCACAACUGCUUUACAACUUCAGACAGACUAGUAUGUGAAGAAUUCAGGAAGGCGGUCGAAGAAAAGAUUUAUUUCCCGGAAGCAAAGUGGAAAGAGCUUGGAGCCAUAGCUAGAAGUAUCGUCAAGAAUGAGCUGAAUCGAUCAACGUCCGAGCUGAGUCUCUUCGAGGUCGUUCAAUCGGUCACAAUGCAGAUGGUCAUGACCGUCUUCUUCGACACCUCUGAGAUUUCCGUUCCCACCUCCUCUAUCCGCUGCCUAGCACAAGAGAUCAACGACCAGUGGCUACGAUCCAAAGACAAAACAAGUCCCGGCCAAACAGCAUCACCAGACUGGUCCUUUCACAAGCAGCAGCCACUCCGCGAAGCACUAAUAGCUGCCUUUCCAGCGUGGAACGGUUCCAAAGACACGAAUCCUCUAAAUCUCAUUCUCCCUGGCUACGAGACCCUCUGGCGAGUAGUCCUACGAUGCUUUGUCGAAGUCUCCAGCAGAAAUCAUUCAAAUUCCCCGCAAUGGCAAUCAAGCCUUGCAAAUUUCUCACUCAACCCAACCCGCAAAGAAUUAGAGAAGACCGGGCCCAUCCCUUGCAGCUCAAUGAUCGCAAAGGAAGCUCUUCGACUCUACCCUCCCACCAGACGCAUCUAUCGACAAUUCAAAGACGAGCAAGGCGACGAAUACGAAGUGGCAGCCGACGUCGAGAGCAUGCAUCGCGAUAUCGAGGUCUGGGGGAAAGAUGCGAAAGUCUUUCGACCCGAGCGUUGGUAUUCUGUUGAUCAGAAAUUUGAGGAUUGUUGUUGGCUGCCGUUUGGAGCGAAACCUUUUCGUUGUCCUGCGAAGAGAUGGCAGCUGGAAGGCGUUCUACCUUUUGGGGUGGCGAUGAUUGCUUUGCUGACUGGGGCACUGCUGGAAGGCGGUUGGGUGUGUGGUGGUGGUGGUGGGUUUCAGGAUGAUGUGAAUGAGCCGCUUGAGACGAAUCGUCAUGCUUAUAAGGAUGUUGUGCUUCGUCGACUCGGAGGGAAUGGAUUGACAACCAAAUUUGGAAAAGAGGCUCUAUGA